AUGGAGCCUGCUGCUGAUCCAUGGAAUAUCAAUCCUUCAGAAUUACUCAAAGGAUCGAUGAAUUCUGACCCUUACAUAGGGUUUGGUAAUACCAACAACAUUUACAAUAACAACAACCAUGUCGAGGCUUCAGGAAUGGGAUUUGGUCAAGACGAUCUUGAAAAGCUUUUAGGUUUUGGAUGUGAAGAUGUGGAUAAUUUACUCAGUCAGGAGUUGAAAGAUCUCGAUAUACCCCUAAUGCCUCGAGCCAGUAAGGUCAAUGGUAACGGUGCUGGUGACGGUGAUGGUAUAACUGGUCUUGGAUUUAGCGGUUUUAACGAAGAUCCCUACAGUUUGAAUCGUCAUAACAAUUCUCAUAAGAGAGAGCCCAGCGGGACGGCGAUCUUUGGGUUUCAUAAUCAUAAUAAAACUCUAAGUAUUUCUAAUUGGCAAAAGGCCUUCGGUGAUCCACGAGAACAGCAACAACAACAACAACAACAACAACAACAACUUCAGCAGCAACAACUUCAGCAGCAACCUCAGCAGCAAGCGCUCGGGUCCAUUGAGGAAACUAAUCCAGAUGGAUACCUUGGUCAGGUUCUCUUAAAACAACAGGAAGAACUUAGAAUAGCUCUUGAGAGGCAACAAGAGGUUAAUAAGAAGCUUGAAGAACAAUUAGAAGCGAAUAGAGUUCAACAAGAACGUUUGCAGAGGGUACUCGGCGAACAAGAUGUUACUGCUCACAAAUUUAUUUCCUCUGAGAGUGCUUCUCCUCAAAGUGCUACUAAGACUCCAGCAAACAAUGGUAAAAGUAGUACUAUUAUUGGUGAUGACGGUAAUAUAAUUGUUACUUCGAAUUCGAAUAAUGGUGGUUAUAAAUUCCCACCACCAGCAAAUUUAGAGCCCCCAGCUUACGGACCGGGAUCUCAUACAGCAAUGAACGGAUCUCCUCCAAGAAAGGUUUCUCGCGGCAGAACGCCUCCGAUUAAUGAUGAUUUACGUGAAGACGCGGAUGAAGACGUUGCUAUGACAAACUAUUUGAGGCCGGAGAUCGAACAAAAAGAAGCUGUUGCUGAUUCGUCGCAUUUCCUUAAGAAGAGAAAUGCUCAACCUGGUUUCACCAACGGAUUUUCAAUCCAAGAUCAAACUAGAUCUCCUGUGAACACUAGGUCAACGGUUCAUCACAAUAAGAAGGAAUCAACGAUCUCGACUGUAUCAACGAUCCCUCAACAUUUAGACGAUAACGAAAAUAGUGAUUCAGAUUCAGGAGGAUUAUUAGGUUUGGGUAUUCAAUCAAUGAACGGUAAAAGGGCUGUUCCUAGGAAUUAUUCUUUAAGACCGCCACCAGUAGAUAUAAUGCCACCGAUUCCAGGUUCCACUGAUAACACUCCUAUACCGAAACAACCGCAACUCCCGCAAAAACACAUCUUCCAACACACACCUGUGAAGAAUCAAUAUCCGCCUGUCAAGAGUCAACACCCACCAGUACAACAACCGACUCAAGGUUACUAUAGUAAUGCGGGCAUUAGUACUGGUAGUGGUACGAGCUUAGGUGAAAACCCCUUUAGAGAUCCGAUAGCCACUCCGCAGUUGAAACCGCCAUCUGAUCACAGUAGUCGUAGGAACAGUGGUUACAGUGCGGAUCAUAAUGAAAUUAUCGGAGGGCACAAGUCAGAUUUCAAUGGGGAAGAACAACAGAUGGAAGAUGGUGAUGAGCCUGAAAGUCGUUUUAUCGUUGCCAAAACUCCUUCACCAGUACUCAAAUCACAGGGUCGUUUUGAAGGAUCUUCACCUCAAUAUGAUACCACUAAUGUAAGUCCAAUAAAGAUUACAAGGAAACCUAGUACUUUACCUCGAGGGUCUAUUGACAAAUAUGUUAAAGAACUACCUGAUAAAUUGUUUGAAUGUCAAUAUCAUGGCUGUGGGAAAAUUUUCAAAAGAAGAUACAAUAUUAGAUCCCACAUUCAAACACAUUUAGAGGAUAGGCCCUACAUGUGUGAUUUUGAAGGUUGUGAUAAGGCUUUUGUCCGAAAUCAUGAUUUAGUAAGGCAUAAGAAAUCUCAUGCAGAAAAGUGCUAUGCUUGCCCUUGUGGUAAAAAAUUUAAUCGUGAAGAUGCGCUUAUAGUACACAGAAGUAGAAUGAUUUGUUCUGGCGGUAGAAGAUACGAGAACGUCGUAAUUAAAAAAUCGCCAAGAAGACGUGGCAGGCCGAAGAAAGAUGAUUACAGUAGUACUCACAGUAGUCCAGUUAAGGAGACUGUGGAAAGGAGUAAUGACGGGUAUCUGAUCUACAAAAUGGAAGAACAAUUACGCAAUGAAAUGGAAGAAUACGGUUUAUUACGUCCGCCGCCAAAUCUGGCGGUAACAAACCAUGCACUUCUACUGUCACCAUCACCGUCAUCGGACAAUAGUGAUAUGGGAUCUCCAAAAUACGAGCUCAAAGAACCUCAGAAAAAACCGUAA